UAAUAUUUUGCUUGUGUUGUGUUUUGUCACUGGUUAUCGCUUAAUUUAGUGUAACUACCUAAUUAAAGUUGAUUAAAAAAUUGAAACAAUUCUCGCUAAUGGAUCUCAAAGGUUAAAAACAAUAAUUUCUUUGUACCAUGACUAGCCCCAUUCGUUCGUCUCUUCUUCCGUCAAGUUAACCAGAACGAUGUGGUUCAUACAGAAUGGAAAGUUUUUCUGAAAAAACAGAUCGGUUUGCUGAUUACUUCGCAGUAUGUGGACUCGAUUUAAAGUCAGGCUUAGAAUUGUACUACUUCUCAGGUGAAACUCAACUUCAGGGUACUCCUUUGGAUCGCUCGUACAAAUGUAAAGUUCUGUCUCACUUUCCGGAAACCGUCAGCUGGAAUCCUAUCGAUAAGGAUGCUAUUUGCAUGCUAUCGUUACCCAGCGGACUCCGUUUCCGAACUCAAAAACAUAAGUUAGAACCGGAGUUUCAUAGUUUCAUCGUUACAAAAGAAGAUGGACGUAGGUGUUACGGAUUCAGUUUUGUUUUCUAUGAAAAAGCCCAUAAUAAGAUAUGCAGCGCGAUGCAAACAUUACAAGCGAUGCAUUUAGCAGAAAUAUCCGGUGGACCGAAGAAAAAUGCUUCUCUAAAUCACAAUACUAGAUCUCUUCCGAGGCAUUUCAAAAUCAUGUCUCAGCAUUAUAGUUUGGUUCAGAGCUACUAUGACAUAGCAAAAGAUGUACUAUACGUUACAAAAGCCAUCGUAUUGAUUUCCCAAUAUCCCUACGUUUACGCUUCUUAUCAGUUUUUAUGGCAUCUUUACAAGAAUUGGCAGGAGAGAAGUUCCAUUUCAUUAGAAACAUACAUCUAUUAUUUGCUGAACGAAGUUAAAGUUCCUCAAGCUGGUCAAACUUUGAAAUUUUACGUUAGUCUGGAUACAAAAGUUACCAUUCGAUCGCCCGAUCUUGCCCGAGAAUUACCUUUUUUCGAUUUCCCAAUCAGAGAACUGUUCCGUAUUUUGGAUGUGGACAGUUUACUCUAUCUGUUUACCAGUAUUUUAAUGGAAAAUCAAGUUCUUAUAUGCUCUUCGGAUUACCAACAAUUGAUGCUCGUUGCGGAAACGUUGAAUUGUUUGUUGUUUCCUUUCUCAUGGCCUCACGUUUACGUCCCAAUCUUACCCACUUCGUUGGAACAUUUUCUGGACGCUCCGGUGCCUUUUAUAAUGGGAGUAUCUCGUAGUACAAAUUUAAAUAUACCAAAUGAGGCAAAUUUGUGUUUCGUUGAUAUCGAAACACAAUCGAUUCAGUUACCAGAAGAUUUACUAACCGUACCGAAUAAAGCGGAAUUCACGUCUGAAAUUUUCGAUCUCCUAGACCAGUACAACGUACCAAUUCGUAACUGUUAUAGGCAAUUGAAGAGCAGCGAAGUACGUAAUCGCAUUAGACGUAGUGAUGCUUCAGUUUUAUCAAAAAUGAGCGCGUCGAUGUCAUCGGAAAAUUUGAACUUUUCUUUAUCCAGCGAUGACGGAUCAUCUUUACCAAAUAGUCCUCAUUAUAGUCGACACUCCAGUUUUCAAGAAUUACCUUCGUGUUCCAUUUACGGAAGUGAUAAUGAAGAUUACGUGACCGAUUUAUGUUUCAACGCAGCUAUCAGAGAAUUAUUUUUGAAUAAAUUUUUACACUUGUUUUUGACUUACGAACGUUAUAUUAUUCAACCGUUUCAAGACCGAGAACAAUGGAUUAGUAAUAAAGAAUCUGUGCAGAGUUUCGAUAAAGCUUCGUUUCUUUCCGAACAACCGGAAAACUUCCCAUUUUUAUCGCAAUUCAUCGAAACUCAAAUGUUUACCAAUUUUGUAGAUAAUAAAAUUCAGAGCUUUUGGGGCGAAAAGGAGCGUAAUCUGCGUAUAUUCGACGAACGAAUCAAAUCGUUGAAAUUGAAGCAUCCGGAAGGUCAAUCUAGUCGUUGUAAUUUCGAACAUUGUAGUUCAAUCAACGAAUGCCAAACUUAUAUCAGAGAUCGCUUUUUCAAAGCUGAUUUAGAAAUUUCUCAUCCCGAAGAGAUUUUUUUGAAUGCUGUGAAACCUCAGUACAAUACCGAUAUAUUUCCAACUUUGAAUUUAUCUAAUCUUAAUAAAUUAGGCUCUCUGAGGUCGAAUAAAAAAGUUCGUCUAGCGAAUGAAAAUUCCAACACUAGUGAAGCUCGUCCUCUCGGAAUUUGUGAAAGAUUAACCAUCAUGAAACCUGUCAGUCAAAAUUCUAGUCCUACGCACAUCAGUCCCGCAGUAAUUGCUCAAACUAAUUGGAAUUUCGUUGAUAAAUUACUCAAGGACUGUAAAACGAAAACGAAAAAAAUGCUGGUGGCUAAAAUGGGAUACGAAGCUGUUGAACUCGGUCAUAAUAUGCAAAACAUGUUGAUGGAAGAAAACACCCUUAUAAUCGGAUUGUGCGAUUUAUUGGAAAGAAUUUGGUCUCACGGGUGCCAAAAUAAACAGGGUAAAUCUGCCCUGUGGUAUCAUUUAAUCAGAUACAAGGAGCUCGAAGACGUUAGUGUUCCAAAAUCUCAGCCCGAAACUGCUUUGCAUCCUUCGGAAAACGAAUACGUUAAUUCGGUCCCUUUGCUCAAAACCAAUUUACAGAUUUCUCAGGACGAAGAUGCUUCCCUUUUUAUACUCGAACGUUUGCCAGUUUCUUUAAUUCACGAUAUGAAAUAUGUCGAAACAUUGACAGAUAUCAAGACUCAAGUUGGCUUGGCAAAAGCUUGGGUCCGAUUAUCAUUGGAAAAAAAAUUAUUAUCGCGUCAUUUGAAAACAUUAUUAUCUAAUUCCACUCUGUUGAAAAAUAUGUACAAACGAUAUGCUUUCUUGAGAUGCGAGGAAGAAAAAGAACAAUUUUUGUAUCAUUUGCUUUCCUUGAAUGCUGUCGAUUAUUACUGCUUUACAAAUACAUACGUUAAUUGUCGUAUUCCGUAUCGUGUUUUAAUACAUUCGUCAACGAAAAUCGCAGCUGCGAUGAUCAACCAUUGUUGGAUUAUUUUGUCAGGAAAUAAUGGCGAAACUGAGAAAGUUUAUAUUCCAAAGGGAAAGCUCGAAUUUGUAUUCCAGCAUAAAAAUCUGGGCUUACUUACGAUGCUUAGAAUUGGUCAAGAAAACAGAAGCUUGAGCUUGAAGUGGUUAGUGGAUUGGGUUAUUGUUCGAAACGAAAUUACUGGUCAUAUUUAUAGUUUUCCAUGCGGUCGAUGGUUAGGUCGUGGUGUCGAUGACGAUUCAUCAGAACGAUUACUAAUCGGUAAGCGGAUAACAGAGGGUCCUGAAAGAGGAAGAAGUUUGGCAGCUACACGAAUUCGAAGCCCCAGUGUGCCUCCUGCGAAGCCGACAGUGUCAGAUAGUGAACUACAACAACAAUUAGGAGAAUGCGUAAAUAACAUAAUCAAGUAUUAUUACGGUAAACCGAAGGAAAACAGUUCAGUUGGAACGUUACUAUGUGGUGAAAAUGGUUUGGUGUUCCAUAUGGAACAAAUUUUAUUUUUCGGAUUUAGGUCUUCUAGAUUAUUCGGACGUAAUCUAUACAUUUGGGAUUUUAUCAUAAAAGUAAAAGAAGAAAAAGAACAAUCGAACGAAGGCAGCUACGACGACGAAGUCGAUUAUUUUUGUAAAUUGAUAUCGGAAAUUCAAAAUUCCAGUCAUUCUUUGGGCAAGGAAGGUCGAUUCCAAGUUUUCAUUUGUGUCACUGUCAGGGAUCAUUCGAUCAACAGUGUUCUUAGAAUUUUAUCAUCGGCGAAAAUUACCACUGAAAUGUACGAAGAACAUUCGUUUUUGAGGAAAAAAUCUCUGUUUUACUUCUUAACGCAUUUAUUGGAUUCGCUAUAUGAUUUGGAAAUUUUCUUAGAGAAUUGUCUGACCUUAGGAAUAGCUAUCGAAUGAGCACUAAAUUGCUUCGUUACAAAUAGACACGUUGUCAUUUACCCCUCCUCUUGAAUUCUUCUAAAUAUCGAAUUGUUUCAAUGGCAGCUAUCGCUUAUUUUAAGUCUUGAUGCGCACAAGUGUAUUCGUGGUUUAUUUUUCUUUUUUAGAUAUAAAAAUUGCCUAUCGACUGGGAGCAUACUUUUCAAGUCUGAUAUGUUAUUUUAUUUUUUCCUGUAAUAGAACUUUCUUUCGUGUAAUGGUUUUUCCACUGCAGUAUAAUUUAUAUGGUACCUAUAUAUAUUAAAUGUAAAAGAUCUCCGUAUUUUAUCCAUGCUUUAAAAUGUAAUUUGAUAACGUAUGUAGUUCUGAAGAGUAUUUUUUCAGUUUCGUCGCUAAACUUUCAAAAAAAAUUUCAUCGUACGAAAACCAGAAAUGCGUACGCGUGAGUUAAUCUAAGUCAAAUUACCUUGUUUUUUCAUGACCUUUUUUGUGGAUUUUUUUCUGUGUUUGUACAAUAAAUUACUUUGAUUCGUGUUUUA